AUGGGAAAACGCAAAUAUAACAAAAACGCAAAAAUGGGAAAAACGCAAAUAUAUGUAAAACGCACAUAUGGCAAAAACGCAAAUAUGGCAAAAACGCAAAUAUGGCAAAAACGCAAAAAUGGGAAAAACGCAAAUAUGGGUAAAACGCACAUAUGGCAAAAACGCAAAUAUGGCAAAAACGCAAAUAUGGCAAAAACGCAAAUAUGGGAAAAACGCAAAUAUGGGAAAAACGCAAAUAUGGGAAAAACGCAAACAUGGGAAAAAGGCCAAUAUGGGAAAAACGCAAAUAUGGCAAAAACGCAAAUUUGGCAAAAACGCAAAUAUGGGAAAGACGCAAAUAUGGGAAAGACGCAAAUUAGGGAAAAUCGCAAAUAUGGGAAAACGCAAAUAUGGGACAAACGCAAAUAUGGGAAAAAGGAAAAUAUAGGAAAAACGCAAAUAUGGGAAAAGCGCAAAUAUGGGGAAAACGCAAAUAUGGGAAUAAUGCAAAUAUGGGAAAAACCCAAAUAUGGGAGAAGAUAA